CGCUGAAAGUUCAGAGGGGGAGGUUUUGUUCUGGCGCAGUGCUGUUCUCGGGCAUCAGCUGGCCAAUGGUAAGGUGCUGCCGCCCGUACGACCUCCCGAGGCAAAGAUAAAGCCUGGGAAACGCGCCGAAGGGCGGCGGGCUGAAGCACUGCGCGGCGGAAAGGAGCUCGUUCUCAGUGCAAGACGUCCCAAGACAAAAAAGACAGUUCUGCGUUUCCCGGGACUUUUUCUUCCUGUGACAGGUAGGACAUUGAGGUUCCUUAGCUCUGCUGCAGUGCCGCCCCCCCCCUCGCCGUUGGCCAUGGCUCCUUCCUUAGCGACAGCCUUCUCGCGCCGCUGGUGGAUGGCGGUGACAGCGGUGGUGGAGAACUUGCUCUUCUCUGCUGUGUUGCUGGGAUGGGGCUCGCUGCUCAUCAUGCUGAAAUCUGAGGGUUUCUAUUCCUACCUCUGCCAGGAGCAAGGGAACAGCUCAGCUGCGAAUGUCACGGUGCCCCCUCCAACACAAGCUGACUACCUGGACUAUGAAGAGCCCAGUGAUGGCCAGGUGCGGGAGGCGGUGGGGGAGGAGGGCAAUCUGCGCAUGAACGGCUGGCUCAUCUGCAAGGAGCAGGACGAGAUGCUGAAUCUGGCCUUCACCAUGGGUUCCUUCCUGCUCAGUGCCAUCACACUGCCCCUCGGUAUCGUCAUGGACAAGUAUGGCCCACGCAAGCUGCGGCUUCUCGGCAGUACCUGCUUUGCGCUGUCCUGCCUUCUGAUAGCCUACGGGGCCAGCAAUCCAGAUGACCUGUCUGUGCUGAUCUUCGUAGCUCUGGCCCUCAAUGGCUUCGGGGGCAUGUGUCUGACCUUCACAUCUCUUACUCUGCCCAACAUGUUCGGAGACCUCCGCUCCACAUUCAUCGCCCUCAUGAUUGGCUCCUACGCCUCUUCUGCCGUGACCUUCCCCGGGAUUAAGGUGAUCUACGACCUAGGUGUGACCUUCAUCACCAUCUUGCUGACGUGGGCAGGCUGUGCUGGCCUUGUCUACAUCAACUGUUAUUUUAACUGGCCGCUGGAGCCCUUCCCUGGGCCCGAGGACAUGGACUACACUGUGAAGAUCAAGUUCAGCUGGCUGGGCUUCGAUCACAAGAUCACAGGGAAGCAGUUCUACCAGCAGGUGACCACCGUGGGGCGGCGUCUAAGCUUGGCGAAUUCCCUGAAGCAAAGCCCCCGCGACCUGUCUGUCCUGGAGAGGGACAAGCUCUGUCUCUCCACCAUGGACCUGGAGGUCCAGUGCAAGCCACCAGAGGAAUCCAAAUCAUUCAUGCACAGCCUGUUCAGUCCCAUCUUGCUGCUCAGCCUCGUCACCAUGUCCGUCACGCAGCUGCGCCUCAUCUUCUACAUGGGCGCCAUGAACAAUAUCUUGGAGUCGUUGAGCGACGGAGACCUCAAUGUCGUGGAGAGGAUGGAAGUGGUGAGCAUGUACUCUUCCAUCUUCGGUGUGCUCCAGCUCCUCUGUCUCAUGACCACGCCGGUCAUUGGCUACAUCAUGGACUGGAAGCUCAAUGAGUGUGACGAUGGGGACUCUGAGGAGAAAGAGGCCAUCAAGGAUUUGGUACAACCCAAAAAACGUGACCGGCAGAUCCAAAAGGUCACCAAUGCCACGCGGGCCUUUGUCAUCACCAACAUGCUGCUGUGUGGCUUUGGGGUCACUUGCCUGGUGCCAAACCUGCCUCUCCAGAUUCUCUCAUUUAUCCUUCACACCGUUGUAAGAGGGUUCAUCCAUUCUGCCGUCGGUGGACUCUAUGCAGCUGUAUACCCGUCCUCCCAGUUUGGCAGCCUGACUGGGAUGCAGUCCCUGGUGAGCGCCCUGUUCGCACUGUUACAGCAGCCGCUUUUCAUGGCCAUGAUGGGCCCGCUCAAUGGAGACCCGUUCUGGGUGAACGUGGGCCUUCUGGCGUUGGGGCUGCUGGGCUUCUGGCUGCCCCUCUACCUGAUAUGUUUCCGACGGAAACUCAUCCGCAAGAAACAGGAGCGGGAUGACGAGGCCAAGAUCUACGUGAAGAUAAACGGCAGCAGCUCACCAGAAGCCUUUGUGUAGCACGGUGGGAGAACACACACAUAAGAGCGGUGUUCCUCACCGAUACGACUUACUAACCACCUAUGUCCUAAUCCGGCUUAGUGAGUGUGAUUCUCACUGAUAUACAGAUACACACUCCACACUCUGUGUGUGUGAAGUUUCCCUUUGAAGCAUGCCUAGAGCAUAAACCUCACAUGAUGCUACACACACACAAACACACAAACAUGCCUCCCUGAUCAGAAGCACACAGAAUGGAUAUUAUUGUUGUCAUGGAAACUAAUGAAACUCACGGACAUGAGGCAAGGACUGAAGAGAGGACAGAAAGAGAGAGUGAGCUAGGGGUGACACCAAAAAAAUUAAGUUUCUCCUAUACCCCCGUAAUUUGAAAUGAAUCUGAGUGAGAGGAGGCAGCCAUCUCUCCAAAUGAAACUGAGUGAGAGGAAGCAGCCAUCUCUCCAAAUGAAACUGAGUAAAAGGAAGCAGCCAUCUCUGUGUGUUCUGUUGUUGUCCUGAUUCAUUCAUACAUAACGGGAAGUGUGUAGCUCCCUAACAGAUUAGGGAUCUGUGCCAGUGUAAUUAAAUGUAAUAAAGGCUGACAUCGUAAUUCAGUUGGCCUAUCAGCAAGUUCCCUGAGUGCCCUCUCCUAAAUCAGCCCUAAGUUUGGUCAGGAUUCCAUCAGUAGGAGGCCUUUUAUAAGUAAAUAAUUCAGAGUUUGUCAGUGGAUUAUUCUCUUGCAACAAGUUAAUAUAAAACAGUAUAUUUGUUUGUUUUCCAAAAAAAACUAAAAGGUAAAAAAAAAAGUCAUACUAAUGUGCAAACCGAAACAUGUUCUUCUUCCUUCUCUAAUUCUCUCACGCACACUUGCUAACCAUCAAUCUGCAUCGAUAAAAAUACAAGUUUAAGCCAAAGGCUGCAUUUAGUGAUUGUGUGGGAGGGAGAGAGUGGAGACUGGUAGAGGAAAUGAGGAAGAAAGACAGAAAGAUCCAAGAGAGAUGAGUUUGAGUACAUAUCUUACACUAAACAUUCAUCCCAAUAUCACUUACAUAAUCUAUUUUAAUGGAAAUUAUUUAUGUCAGUAUAUUGUUGUCCAAUGCAGCGUGUACAUGCAUUUUGUAGCUGUUUAUCUUUACAUGGUAACCAAAUGGGCCUAAAUCCUAUUGUGCCAUUGAGUUGGAGCGUUGCUGAAGAGUUUCCAGAUAUGUAAACAUGACUAUCUGUACACUUAAUAAAUCAUUGUGGGUGUAAGUGGCUGAUAAGUGAAAAUUAAUUAAAUAAUAUUCAUAUUUGCGUUUAACUUGCACAGUUGAAUGACUAAGGAAAUCAAAGGGGUUUCCUCGCCUUUCCUGCCUGCUCGGAUUGGGUAAUUGCAUGGUAAUUACUGAAGCACAGCUGUGCCGAGAAUAACUGUGUUCGGGUCGGACAGGGUGUUUUUGGUGUUUGGUAGUUUCAUGUGGGGGCCCGUUAGUGACACUAUCCCCCAGAGGUAACACUGCACGAGAUACAUUUCAAAUAUGUACUUUGUCUGCAGCUCUCUUAAGGUUUUACUUCCUUUCCUUUCCUUUUUUUUUUUUUGACGUGAUGGUAUAUCCAUGUUUAUGUUGCUUUUAGGGUUUUUAUACAGUAAUUCUUCAGCAUUUCUUCUCUAUUUUAAUCGCAGCAUUCAUCACCUCAGGUGAUGGUGGCACCAGGGAAAGUAAUAUAUUAUUAACUGUUUAAGUGAAAGUAUAAAAUAUAUUUAAGCGUGUAUUUUUUGAAAACUGUGUUAUACAUAUUGAUUACUGCCACUUCAAUUUAUAUUUACUGUAAAUUAUAUAUUUUGCUAAAAUGACAAAUACUGUAUGGCUGUGGCAAUUUGUAAGAUAUGUAUAAUUUUUGGCUUCUUUAAAUAUGAAGUUUUUCUAACAUAUUUAAUAUUUUGUCCAUUAUAAAAAAAAACUUUAUUUGUCAAUGUUCAAAUGACAGACUGGUAAGUGUUUUUUUAUAAUGGCAAAGGGCCUUUGUCUGUACUGGAAUUGAUGGUGUUUGUGGUGGUAUAAACAUUUACAAAAACACCAGCACAACAGUUUCCUGAGUCUUUGUGCUUCACUCUCAUGAUUUCAUGACAGUCUGAUAUAGAGUAUUU